AUUUAUAAUAAUUUUCAAAUGGAAGACAAAGAUCAAAAAUGAAAUAAAAGCACAGACCUCAUGAAUCAGAACAAUGAGGUGACCCAAAACACGAGGUUUGAAGUGAAGGAAGCAGAGAAUAUCACAGGAGAGGGCACUGAAAAACAUAAAGACAAGACUCAGUUUGAAGAAGAAGAGAAGAUAGCCUACAAGGAUCUCCCACAAGAAGGCAAUUUCAAGGUCACAGAUAUUGACAAAGUAAUGGCAGUGCCUACUUCAGACUUAUUAGAAGUAACUGAAACGUUACACCCAGAUGUGAUUACCACGGAUAUCAAAGGCGAUCCAAAGCUUACAAGUAUUUCUGGAGUACUGCCGCCUUGACCACAAGUAAGUUGCUGAUGUUCCUUACUAAAAUACACUGUUUAUAAUCCUAUCUUCCAUACAACCUCAAGGAGUAGAACGCCCCCAGGAUGCUGAAGACCAGAAUUGGAGGAAGAAGACAAAGAAACUGAAUCUAGAGCUAUAGAGGAGGCGCAAACCUCUGAGAACCAAUCUGAACUCCCAUUUGCACAAACUAGUCUCAAUCAAAGCAAAGGUGGAGUCCAAAUGAUGUCUAAGUCUGGACCUAAAAAGCCAAUGUCUCCUUUCUUCCAGUUUUCCAAAAGCAGGAGGGAACAACUUAAGCAACAGAACCCUGGCUUGAGCAUGAGAGAUGUGAAUAUGCUUCUAGCUCAAGAGUGGAGAGCCCUGACUCCUGAAGCCAAAGCUCCGUUCAAAGAACUUGCUGCUAAGGAUAAGGAGAGAUACGAGAGGGAGAAGAAAGAGCUAGCUCAGACAGAAACUUCAGAGAGCAAACUUCAGUAAAUCCUGUUGUACAAGAGCCCAAGCCUAUGCGGUAAUUAUGUUUCAAGCAGUCCUAAAAUAC